AUGUAUCGUUUCCUAAAAUCGGUGCUGUUCGGAAUUCCAAUUGGGGUAACGUUUUUGGACUGCGUGGGAUAUGUAGCCAGGGUUGAUGGUAUUUCUAUGCAGCCUGCCUUAAAUCCGGAUUCUUCUCAGACUGAUUAUGUGUUCUUAUCAAGAUGGGCUGUACGUAGCAAUAAUAUACAAAGGGGACAUAUUGUUUGCCUAAUUUCGCCGAAAGACCCAAGCCAGAAGAUUAUAAAGCGCGUUGUCGGUUUGCAAGGCGAUGUAGUGGCUACUUUAGGAUAUAAGCAGGAAAUUGUACGAGUUCCAGAAGGUCAUUGUUGGGUGGAGGGUGAUCAUACAGGACAUUCUUUAGAUUCCAAUACAUUCGGACCAAUCGCACUAGGUUUAAUGACAGCGAGAGCGGCAUUCAUUGUGUGGCCCCCUGAAAGGUGGCAAAGUUUGCCAAGUGAGUUGCCACGGAAAAGGACACCCAUACAAAUAGCAAAAUCCACAAAUUAUCAAUAAGCAUGAGAAAGAAACUAC